AUGAACACCACGACCACCUCGGUCCUGGUGGGAGCUGAGAGCCGGGAGGACUUACCGGCACAUCGAGCUCUGACCGGCUGCGUCCUGGCGCUGCUUAUCAUCUGGACGCUUUUGGGCAACUUCACGGUGUGCGCAGCCGUUUAUCGCUACCGGCACCUGCGCGCAAAAGUGACCAACAUCUUCAUCGUGUCCUUGGCUCUGUCGGACCUGCUGGUCGCGGUGCUGGUGAUGCCGUGGAAGGCUGCGGCUGAAGUAGCCGGUUUCUGGCCGUUCGGGGGCUUCUGUAAGACCUGGCUGGCCUGUGACAUCAUGUGCUCCACAGCCUCCAUCCUCAACCUGUGCGUCAUCAGCGUGGACAGAUACUGGGCAAUCUCCAGCCCUUUCCGCUACGAGAGGAUUAUGAACAAGAGAGUGGCCUCCGUCAUGAUCGGCGUGACCUGGAUGGUGUCCGUGGUCAUCUCCUUCGUCCCAGUGCAGCUCAACUGGCACAGGGCACAGAUCAGUGACGAGGCCGGGGAGGAGGAUGUUUCGCGUCACGGUCGGAGCAUGGACGGGAGCUGUGACUCCAGCCUGAGCCGCACAUACGCCAUCUCCUCCUCCCUCAUCAGCUUCUACAUCCCCGUGGCCAUCAUGAUCGUCACAUACACGCGCAUCUACCGGAUCGCGCAGAUGCAGAUCCGGAUGAUCUCCUCCCUGGAGCGCGCGGCGGAACACGCGCAAAGUUGCCGUUCGGCUGUACCUGAAAUAUGUCCUCACCUGUGCGCGGAAAUCAGUGCGCAUUCAUACCAGGCUCGUGUCAGUGUGCAGGCUCAGAGUCAGACUCACCGGGAGCUCAGAGUCUCCAUCAGGAAAGAGACUAAAGUCCUGAAAACUCUGAGCGUCAUCAUGGGAGUGUUUGUCUGCUGCUGGCUGCCCUUCUUCAUCCUAAACUGCGCCCUGCCCUUCUGUCCCGGACCAGGGGCCCCGGGGAGCCAGCGUGGCCCUUACUGCGUCAACGAAAAAACAUUUGAUGUGUUUGUGUGGAUCGGCUGGAGCAACUCAUCCCUCAACCCGGUCAUCUACGCGUUUAACGCAGAAUUCAGAGACGCCUUCCUGCGCCUGUUGCGCUGCCGCGGCGGAGGAGGCUGCUGGGACGCGGUGAGCGCCGCGGUGGGAACGGUGAUGGACAGCGACAGGGCCGCGCACCUGAAGCAGGAGGGCCCGCUGAACGUGAGGCCGGGGGUGUCCUGCUCCACGAACCCCCGCGGGAGCGAGGACAGCGGCCACACCACAGUGACCGUGUGUUAUCACAGAGGGACAAACUCUGAGCAGGUGAUAGACACUGAGGAAAGCAACGACAAAGACAGACUGACGCAGAUACCCACAGAAGGGACAAUGUAGGACAUCCACCAGAAGGGUCAAAUGGUGGAGGGUGCACAUCAAACCCCAUGUGGAUUUAAGGGGAAACAAAAAAGGCCACACAGAACAAAAUUACACCUCAGUGGGUCUCCUGCUCUGAUAUCGAUUUGUUCAAUGGCCAACACACCAACGCCAAUUAUCAAACAUCAUUAUUUCUUUUAUAAAGGACCCUAGCCUUGGAUAUUGUCUUUUUGAGCAUAUCAUGAUUUGGGAUAGCCCAUUGUAGGUAAAGCUGUAACUUCAUAUUUGUUUUUACACUAUAGAGCUUCUCAAUUGUUCACCUGGAUGUUUAGAGAGAUUUUAUGGGUACUUCAUACAUUUACCUAUAUUCCCUAUAGCAUGCUAAAGAUGGACAAGUGAGAUCUGGACACAUAAAUGGAUAAAAUACAGUUGUUGUUGUUGUACAGGUUUUAUAUUUACUUUCUGUGGCCAAAGUAAUCAGGUUUAAAAAGCUCAUAGUUAAAAGGGAUAAUAUAAUUUCCUAUAUCGAGUAUUUAAGUAAUUUACGCCAAGGAGGUUCUGUUUGCAGCCAUGUUUGUUGGUUGGUUUGUGCGGACGGAUUACCACAAAUUUCGUUGGAUGUGGUAUGGGUGCGGAUCCGGGUCUGAGGGCAGAAUCAGGAUUUUUUUUCAACUUUCUAUAACAUUGCAUUCUAUAAUUUCCUUGAUUUCACUGAGAAUAGUCUCUGAAUCUUGAUGAUAAAAUCAGGCAUUUGUGUUCA